AUGCUUUCCUAUCUGCUCUUAUGUUUGUUAGGGGUUGCUUCAGCAGCCUCCGAUAAUACUUACGAGACUGAUUUUUAUUCUAAUAAUGGUGAUUCAGCGUUAGUUCGCCGCACAUCGUCAGCUGUGUCUGGAGUUACUAAUAUGUGUCCAAAUUUGAACUUCAAAUGGCACGCAAAAAAUACCAACACCAUGCCAUAUUACAUGGAUCUAUUGUCAGUCGAUUGGGUCGGUGACAAUACUUAUGAACUUUCAAUAAAUGUCAAGGGUGAUCAACAGAUUGAUAUGAAGUAUCUCUAUUCCUUAAAAAUCAUUGGCAUCAAUGGUCCAAUGGGUACUAAACAACUUUGGGGUAAGAAUGAGAAUACCUAUAUAAUUGAUAACCCGACAGAUUUCACGACGAAAAUUCAAGUUUAUGGUCAAAAGUAUAAUGGCGAUGAAUGUAAAGUUGCUAUGCCAUCAUUCCAAAUUCAAUACGAGUAUCUGCAAGGUGAUGCCGCUCAGUACUGGCAAACUUGGAAAUGGGGUGCAACUGCUUUUGAUUUGAUGACUGGUUGUAACGCAGACAACAAUGGCAAUUCUAAUGCUGACUUUCCGCUAUGGUACUGGGAUAAUGCUAAGUGCUCUACCAGCUCCACAAGCUCUACCAGCUCCACAAGCUCUACCAGCUCCACAAGCUCCACGUCUUCAGUGCCAGCUAGUACCACAAAGGAGCCAGCUAGCUCUGUUUCUAUUUUGACGACUUCAGCACCAUCUAAAUCUACUUCUUCGGUACCGUCAGCUUCUAGCUCUGCCACAUCAGUCCCAAUAAGCACAAGCAGUCCUAGUUCGACAUCUUCUAGCUCAGCAUCUAGCUCAACUACUUCAGUGCCAGCUAGCACUACAAGGGAACCAGCCAGUUGGAUAUCGUCAGUGCCAUCUAACUCCGCUUCUAUUAGCUCUGCGCAUAGCUCCGCUUCUUCAUCGUCAUCUGUUCCUGGUUCUACUACAAAAACAUUACAACCAACUAGCUCCAAGUCUUUGGUUUCAUCUAACUCUAGAUCUAGCGCUGCAUCCUCCACAUCAUCUAGUUCGACAUUGUCCGCACCAUCUAGUUCUACGUCUUCGGCACCAUCUAACCCUGCAUCUAGCUCGACCACUUCAGUGCCAGCUAGCACCACAAAGCAACCAGCUUCAUGGAUAUCAUCUGCACCAUCUAGCUCUGCGUCUUCAACACCAUCUAGCUCUGCAUCUAGCUCGACCACUUCAGUGCCAGCUAGCACCACAAAGCAACCAGCUUCAUGGACAUCAUCACCACCAUCUAGUUCUGCGUCUUCAGCACCAUCUAGCUCUGCAUCUAGCUCAACUACUUCAGUGCCAGCUAGCACCACAAAGCAACCAGCUUCAUGGAUAUCAUCUGCACCAUCUAGCUCUGCGUCUUCAGCACCAUCUAGCUCCGCUUCUUCAGCACUAUCUGGUUCUGCAUCUAGCUCGACCACUUCAGUACCUUCUACUUCGAUUGCAUCUGGUUCUACAUUUUUAGUGGCAAGUACUUCUACAUCGGUACUACCCAGCUAUACAUCCGUUAUGGAAACUACUUCUACGGUGGUAGUUUCUAUCCGUAGCUGCUCCGGACUAUCUAGUUGCACAUUGGUACCACCUAAUUCUACGCCUUUGGUAUCAUCUGAUUCUGCACCUUUCGUAACCUGCUCAAGGUCUGAUAGCACGGACUCCACACAAAAUUCCGCUACCUUCGUUCCAAGAAGCCCAGUAACGUUGACCCCAUCUCCAGCCUCUAGUGGAUCUAUAGGGAUUCAAAGUCAGGUAGAGUGUGAAGCUUGUGCUCAAAGCAGUGAGGUAUCACAAUUACCCGAGACGUCAACUGACACAGGUGUUUCGGUAACAUCUUCCUCAGAAGGCACUACUGCUACGGUUACAAAAGUUAGAUCCCAUCGAACUACCACCCUUUCGAUACCCGGAAGCCACAUAGCUCCUACAGAAUCCCUAAGCUCUGUGGCCUCGACCAUAAACUAUGGUGAGACUUUAUCCUCGAAUCCAAGUUCAACUCAUGCUUCUGCAACGACUAAUCAACAACUUUCUGGCCAAUCUGAAGUUGUUAGUGGGUUGCAAAGUACUAUGACUACGAUCAGUCAGGCACCCGCUUCAACAUCAAGUAUUCCAAAAAGCGAGCCUUCUUCGACUGGUUUCGCAUCUAUUCAUACUCAGGCAAGCCUAACGUCCUACGAGGGCUCUGCGGCACGUGUGAGAUCAUCACUGUCAGUUCUGUUGUUGUCCCUCGUUUGUCUCUUUUAA